CUCUUUUCUUAACUAAACAUACCAUUUUAUCCAUAAUAUCUACACGUUUGGAAUUAUUAAUAUUAAAUUUUUUUAGCGUGAAUUUAUUUCACACUUUUUUGUCCAUCCGUGCUAAUCAAUUUUGUCUCCCAUAACCUCUAUUAGUUAUCCCCUUUGUUCAGGGUCCGCAAAAGUCCCGCUUUACUUGGGAGGUUAUAAAUUCAGAGAAAAAAUUACCAAGAUUGUUACCAAAAAUUAACUUAUUGUUAAAAUAGAUGAAAACCAGGGUAAAUAUAGGCGCAAGUACAGAAAUUUUGUCCAAAAUUUAGCUAACAAGUACAUAUCUUGAUUAGAGGGCAUCAAAAAACCCAUUUAGAAGCUGUAAAUGGAAGCCUGCCUCUGCUUGUUUGCGGGAAUCUGCAUUUUCACCAGAUUUUGUAAGCAACUUUUGCAUACGAAUUCAAAUAGACCCAGUUAUGGGCCAAAAUUUGUUAGUUUAUUUAUAAUUGCAACAAUUCUUGUUCCAAAUUUUAUCUUACAAUGCGAAUCUUUUCCUCGCGAGGACUUAAAAAGUCGAGAUAUUGAAGUCAAUGUAACGACUUUCGAAGGCAGAUUGGCAAAUCGAGAAUUAUUUCAACUUUCGAUGUCGGCAAAGUAUGAAGAACUGUUCAUGCCGAAUUACAUCAAGAAUUUUUUUUCUCAGUACGAAGCGCUUAAAAUCGAACGACUGAAACAGCGCAGUGAAUCUUCCGCCGGUUUGAGCAAACGAGAGUUUGGACUUAUUCAAGCCAACCCCAUGCAACAACUGCAGGACGAAAACAGAGAGAAAGAUUUUGGUGUGCAGGAUAAUUUGGGAGGAGCUAGGGACGAAACUUCAAACAGUCCAGAAAUGAUCGCGGAUUUUGGAGUCGGAAACCAAAAUGAAGUGGGUGAACAAGGAAGAGUCGUGGGAAGACAGGAGGGGGCUGAAGACAUGAGCGGAAGCAGAGAGGGGGAGGCGGGGCCGUGUGGGGGAGAGAAACCGAUGGAACACUACGAGUGGUGUGAGAAGGACCUCAACAAGGCCAAGGACAUGUUUACACAUGCCACACAGAUCACAUGUCCAACUAAGAACCCGCGGGAAAACCGGCUUUUGGAGCUGGAAGGCAAGCAAGUGAACUUCUGUGUGACUCCCUUCAUCUUCAACCCGGACGGACUGAGCAACUACAACGAGUACUACGCCUGCAAACCAGCAACCACGGAGGAAAUAGGCCGCUUUCUGGGCCCAGCAUUUGUGGGAGGUAGCUGGUGUCCCCUGGAGGUGGACGAGAAAGGGGUGUUCAACCCGGACGUGCACUCCUUCGAGAAGUGUGACCCCCAAUACUGUGAAGGGAUAGAGAGGGUGUGUCUGUCUGUCAACAUGCGACUGUGUCAUUUCCCCUACAAGUCUUACAAGUUGUCAGGGGCAAAUGAAUUGGACAUUAUGCCCCACUAUGCGUGUUCUGACGACAACCACCCUGGCAAAUUCACAUGUCCAGUGGCAGUGUCAUGUCAGAUAGAUGAUGUCUACUGCACCCCCGAGGAGGACUAUUUCGACGAGGAGUGCAUGUUGGGGGGUGGGGGCUGUGAGGCCAUGGAGCUGGAAGACGAAAGGGAGAGGGGGGAGUUGGAGAGAGAAUUGAACGAGUGAACAAUUAAUUAAUUAAUAAGGAAACUAAUUUGGGUCUUUUUACUUGAAGACAUGUUUUCCGCCCAAAAUAACUUCAUAACUAAAAAGACCCACUAAUUUUAUUGCAUUAAAAAAAUUUUCAAAAAC